CCAUUAGUUUUCAUCUUGUUCUAAAUACAAUGGUGUCUAAGAAGUUGUCCCAUGCAAUGAGAAAAUGGAACCUCUUCAUGUAGCCAUGUUCCCAUGGUUUGCAUUUGGGCACAUGACUCCUUUUCUCCACCUCUCAAAUGAGCUCGCCCAAAGAGGCCACAAAGUCUCAUUCUUGCUCCCAAACAAGGCCUUGUCCCAGCGUCGGCAACAUAAUCUCCAUCCGGAUCUCAUCACCUUUUACGCCAUCCAGGUUCCCCACGUCCCAGGUCUACCUAUAGGCACCGAAACCGCCUCCGACAUCCCACUCACUCUCAACUCACUCCUCGUCACCGCUAUGGAUAUGACCCGACCCGAGGUCGAGACCCUCUUGAUCAAUGACAUUCAUCCGGAUCUCAUCAUCUAUGACACUGCACAAUGGAUCCCGGAUAUCGGGUUCAAGACAGUCUGUUACAAUGUGGUCUCGGCUGCGUCUAUCGCAAUCGCGUUGGUCCCAGCAUUGAAGCGGCCGCAAGAAGACGACGAGGUACUUCAGCCUCCGCCAGGGUACCCUUCAUCUACGAUAGUGCUGAGGAAACACGAGGCCCAAGCUUUAUCAUUCGUGUCUACGGAGUUCGGGAGCGGCUACACGUUCUACGACCGAAUCACGACGGCUAUAGCGAAAGCCGACGCCAUCGCGAUUCGAACGUGCUGUGAACUCGAGGGAGAUUUGUGGGAUUACAUUGAAACGCAAUACAGAAAGCCAAUGCUAUUAACGGGUCCGGUUUUACCCGAAUUGACAAACUUAUCUUUAGAAGGCGAAUGGGCCACGUUUUUCAACCGGUUCGACCCACAUUCCGUGAUAUUUUGUGCAUUGGGUAGCCAAUGGAUACUCGAAAAAGAACAAUUCCAUGAACUUGUCCUCGGGUUUGAAAUGACGAAAAUGCCCUUCUAUAUAGCGGUUAAACAGCCCAUUGGUUUUACUACUAUCGAAGAAGCAUUGCCCGAAGGGUUUCAGGAUAGGGUCAAGGAUCGGGGAGUGGUCUUCGGGGAUUGGGUUCCACAGACUCAAAUAUUGAGCCACGGUUCGGUUGGUUGCUUUGUGAACCACCGCGGGUUCGGGUCAAUGUGGGAGACUUUAAUUAGUGAUUGUCAAAUAGUGUUAGUGCCUCAUUUGGUUGAUCAGAUAUUGAACACAAGAUUGUUGGCAGAUGAGCUUAUGGUGGCAGUGGAGGUCGAGAGUGUAUUUAUAUGA